AUGGCGCAGGCGAAGCAGAUCGAGACCUCGCUUCUCACCGAGCAUUUUCGCUACACGCCUCUCACCCUCAUUGACCAGAUAAUAAACAUGAUCAAUGAGCUAGUCAAUCGCGCAGUCGACGCGGUCGAGGCCGGCUUGCUCGAGACACCACCGUCGCGUCUCGGCUUCGCUGCCAGAGCGGCGGCGGAGAACACAAUCCCAGACACGGAUGAUGAAGGGAACCCGCUCUACCCGGAAGCGAGGAGAGAGAUUGAGGAGGGCGUACACCAACUAGAGACGCUGUUGGAGGCCACGGUCGACAAGAACUUUGACAAGCUGGAGAUUUAUUUGCUGAGGAACGUGCUCACCGUGCCGGAGGAUCUGGUGCCGUGGGUUAGGCUGGCGCAUUAUCAGGGCCUUCAACUCCCGUAUACCUCGACCACCUCCUCCUCCCCGACCCCGCUGCCGACCCCGCUGCCGACCCCCGAAUCCGUCCAGGCUUUGCGCCGCAAAGUCCAAGAAACCAACAAACUCCACUCCGCCCUCCUCGCGGAACGAGCACGCAACGACGCGCUGCUGACGCAGCUGCGCGGCCUGCUGGGAGGAGGCAACAACGACCCAAGAGCCGCCAAAGCCGAGCCCGUGUCCUCGUCGCCUCAGCCCCCCGCCACCGCCACCGCCGGCGACGGCGCAGGCGCAGGCGCAGCGGCGGCGGCCGCGCCGCCAGCGCCCCAGAGCCCUUCGCUCGCCUUCCUGGCCUCGGCGCCGGCGGCGCGGAGCUUGGACAUGGCGCUCCCGACCGACGGCUCUGCGGCGCUGCCCAAGCACGAGCCGCUGCGGCAGAACACGGCGUUCGCGCUGAGCCAGCUCCCGGCGCUGCGGCUGGUCCUGCAGUACCUGCGGCCGAGGAUCGCGGCGCUGGGCGAGCCGGGUGGGGCGGGCCCGGGAUCGGAGCUCGCGCGCCAGCGGAGCGAGUAUGUGGAGAAGCAGACGAAGAGGAUUAUGGAGAGGAGGGGUAUGGAUGUUAGCAACGGUGAGGGUGGUUCCGAGGGUCUGGGGAGGAGGAUGCUGCCCGAGGAGGUGAGGGGUAUGGAGGCGGUGGCUGGGUUGGUUGGAGAGAAGAAGGUGAGAGAGGGGGGUAAUGGCGAACAUAUGGAAGAGUAG